GGCCAUAUACUGUCUAUCUACUCACCUAAUUAACAUCUCAUGCAUACAUACAUAUAAUAUCGUAUUGAUUCUUUUAUCUUUCAAUCAUAGAAAAGAACAAGGAAAAUAAUGGAAGAGGGUCAUCAUAGCUCAUUACCUCCAUCUCGAGUCAUUUAUGCUCGUUUCCUUCGAGCUGCAUUAGAAGAUGACUGGAAAACUGCUGAAGCUUUUAUACAGGAAAAUCCAAACUGCCUUGCAGCCCCCAUAACAAAACAGGAAGGCACAGCUCUUCACAAUGCUGCAGGGGCAAAACGCACCCGUUUUGUAAAAGAGCUUGUGAAACUGAUGACAUUGGAGCAAUUAGAAUUGAGAAACAAUCGAAACUGCACGGCCCUUUUUUAUGCCGCUCAAUCAGAAAUUGUAACAAUUGCAGAGGUGAUGGUGAAAAAGAACAUUAAUCUGCCAUUGAUUCCCAGGAAUGACAUCCAAUGUUUACCACUCUACGCCGCAAUAAAGACUGGAAAUAGAGACAUGGUGUCGUAUUUAUACUCUGUGACUCCUAUUCAAGACUUGGCUUCUGCGCAUCGCGUUGAGCUCCUUAAGGCUACUAUUUCCACCGAUUUGUAUGAUACGGCACUCAAAAUUCUAGAUACUCUAAACGACUUAGAAUCUGGAGAGAAGGAACUUCUUUGGGAACCAUUGGAAAUGUUGGCCAGAAAACCUUCAGAAAUAAUUGGCAACAAAAGUCAGCCAUCACUAUGGGAAAGAUGCUUAAACUCCUGCUUUAGAGGUCGGCUCUGCAACAAAGCUUUGAUGCAAGCAUCAGCCCAUCGCUUAGUUGACUGCCUUUGGGAAAAACUCGGAGACGACGACAAACGUUUCUCGCCAACUGCAGUUGAUGAGCAGCAUAUGAUGAAACUACUUGUUGAAGCUACAGAAGUAGGGAACCUUGAAUUUCUAGUUAUACUUAUACGCUCUUAUCCUGAUCUGAUAUGGCAAGUUGACAAGGAAUAUGGAAGUUUAUUUCACGUUGCUGUUAAACAUCGACAAGAGCGUAUUUUUAAUUUAAUAUAUGAGAUAGGUGUUUCAUAUGGCUACCUUGUGACCGUUUGUACAAAAGAGGAAAACAGCCUGCUACACUUAGCUGGACAAUUGCCUUCUCCGGAUCGACUGAAUAUCGUCUCAGGAGCAGCCCUUCAAAUGCAAAGAGAGUUAUUAUGGUUUCAAGAGAUUGAAAAGAUCGUGUCGAAGUCAUUAUAUAGUGGGAAGUGUGAGGACAAUACUGGACAGACACAAAAAAAAACUAGGGAGAUAUUUGUGAAUGCCCAUAAAGAUCUACAAACGAGUGGUGAAAAGUGGAUGAAGGACACAGCAAACUCUUGCAUGCUUGUAGGAGCACUGAUUGCCACUAUGGUUUUUCCAGCUGCCUUCACAGUACCUGGUGGCAACAAUCAACAAACAGGCAUUCCUAUAUUUCUGGAAACUAACUGGUUUAUGGUAUUUUUCUUAUCAGAUGCAAUAGCAAUGUUAUCCUCUUCGUCUUCAAUAUUAAUUUUCUUGACAAUUCUCACAUCACGCUACACGGAAAAGGAUUUUCUCAUAUCAUUACCUCGUAGGUUGGCGUUGGGACUUGCUACACUUUUAAUCUCAAUAAUAGGCAUGCUAAUAGCCUUCACUGCAGCCUGUUUUUUGGUAUCUCAAAGCAACAUAAGUGUUCCAAUCCGUAUAAUUGUUGCAGCGCCUGCUGUCCCAAUUAGUUUGUUUGUUAUCCUACAAUAUGACCUUUGGUUGGAUAUAUUCCACGCAGCAUUCUAUUCAAAUAGGUUCCUUUUUCAGUCACAGAAUAGGCUUUUCAAGCCAGCAAGCUUGCUAAGGAAAGAAUGACCACCAGUCAUGCAAUUUCUUACUAUGAAACUUGACCAAAUUAUGAUCAAGGCUUCAAUUUGAUCUUCAUUAAUUAGCUAGGAAUGUUGGGCUUUUAUGGGUGUGUGCACAUAUAUAAUGUGUUUCUCAUUGUGCUUUCCUUAAUUUGUAAACCCCACGGGUACUAGGUUGCUUCUAAUUACUUAAUGACUCUCGAAACUGUCUUGUAAGAUAAUUCAACAAUGUUUGUCACUUUAUUU